AUGCCAGUCACCAAGAAGUCGGGGAAAUCGCAUUCACCCUCCAAAAAUUUGCAAGCCAACAAUUCUAACGAUGUGGUCCACGCAUCACAACACCGGCCAGUAGUUCCUCCAGGUCGCCACAAGAUUGCUCCACAUGGUCAUCAGAGAGCCCUGAAUACCCUGCAUCGGGAUAACAGAGUCUCAAAAGAUAUCAGUCAGAAAACUCCCAAGAGAUCUACCUACGAUUCCAACAGUCGAAAUGGAUCCGGUCGUGAUACGCAAAAUAUCGGACAUCGAUCCAACAUCAUGAUACACCAGAUGCCAGCUACAGGAUCAAGCUAUGCACAUCCUCACGUGCAUCAAGGUAUCAAAGGUUGUCAAGGCAUCAAUCCAAAGGUUCUCGAGAAGUCCAUCGAUAACUUGAAACGCUCAGAUGGAUUUGGACCUAGCAUGCAGCAUAUCGACCACCAUAGCAACAACAUGAUCCCUCAGCCGCCUGUGCCCGCUCCAAACUAUGCGAUUCCUUAUAUGCACCAGGGUCGGGACGUUGCGCAGCAUCAUGACCAAGUUGUCCCUUUUAACUCGCAAAAUCCAAUCCGACCAAGAUACCCCCCGAUUCUAAACUUGACCGGUACGCUUCAACGACCUCACGGAAUGAGACCAGAUGCGCCUCCACAGUUUCCUGUCCCAUUGGGCCAGCCAAACGUACCACAUCCCGCUCCCAUGCCACAGCAGCGUGUGCAGCAUCCACCGUACGUGGGCGUGGGUAUGCCAUCGCUCACGGGUCCAAGUGGAGUGCAACAUCUCAAUGCUGAACACCCUGGCCUGGGUGCGGUGAUAAACCAUAAUGGCCCUCAGCACCAGAUGGGUGUAGGACAUCUGCAAACCCCUGCUCCUCACGACAUCCAGAGUGGCAUCAAUAUGCCAUCACAUCCUGGACCAAAUAGUACGCAACAUGCCAAUACACAACAUCUUAACCCAGGCAUGGUGAUCAGCGGUGCCGAGCAUCGUCAUAUAAGAGGGAAAUUUCCACAUCCUGUUAAUGAUGGAGAAAAUAUGCGUCGAUCUCCACAGUCAACUAGGAUGAUGCUGCAGGUUAAGACAGGACAUGCUAGCAUGAGGACAGUGACUGAAGGCCCCGAGCAUGCUCAGAUGGGAAAUGGGCUUUCAAUAGUCAUGCCUCCUCCCCGUACAGGUCCCCAUGGCCUAAGCAUGUCACCGAGUCCAGAGUCAAGGGGAUUGCAACAUGUGAAUGAGCAAGUUCCCAACACGGAUACAAUGGUGAAUGGCCCUGGCCAUCAUCAGAACAUCGAAGCACCCUGGCAACCCGCUGGUCCACACCACCACCACCAUCACAAUGGUGUGAAUAUGCCACCAGAUCCAAAGCCUCGCGCCCCAGGACGCCAUCACAGAGGUGCAAUGAAUGGGAUGGUGAGUGAUACGGCUCAUCGAAUGAGGGGAGGGCCUCCAUAUCCCCCCGCUCCGCACCACCCUGUUAACGACAGUGUUAAUAUUCCUAUUCAGCUUGAAGACAAUGCAUUACGCCCUAAUCAGAACCCGUUGAAUUGGACGAUGAAUGGUUCUGGGGACCCUCAGAAGGGUGUAGGCCAUCCUCAUCAGAAUCCAUAUCCGUCCACGGCUCAAAAUAUGCCACCCCCGGAUCCACGUUUUGGUUUCCAGCCACCUAGAGGUCAACUUAGUGUCCCUAACGGCAUGGGAAUGGACAUGGGCAUGGGCAUGGCAGCUUUUUCUCCGGCGGCCAAUAAAAUGCAACAGCCAAAAGCAGAGCAUUAUAACCCGAACGCGGCACCAGUGGAGGUUGAAAAUAACAAAAUGGGAGUAGAGCCUCCAUACCUGUACAUGGCUCAAAACCCGCCAGCCACAAAUCAACAGUUCUGUUUACAGCCGGUUGUACACCCGUAUGUUGCCAACACCAGUAUGGGCAUGGCAGCUCAUCCAAUGGUAAAUGACAUGCAACAGCCAAACGUACCGCAUCCUCCACUGGGGAGUGGGCUCCGGACUACACAAGGUGUUUCGAGCUUCGACUUUAACGUCUCGAACCUCGACCCGCCGCAUAUCAACCAAGGGAUAUUCCCUAACCAAAUGGGUGCAGGUAUGGGCACGCAUAAUCACACCCAACCUGCACCAUCUGAUGUUCGGGCCCCUAGUGGGCCUUCGGGUGCUGGGGUUUUCGAUCCCAAGAACGAUGGGCAUUCCAAACGGCGGCCUCUGUUACCAAGACCGACAGCAACGGGCACGGGGGGUGGGGGUCCUUCUCAUGGAACGGCCGCAGGCCUUCCUCCAAGUCCUAAGACGGCUGCUUUCCAAAACGAACCGGUAGAUAUUCUAAGUCUUCUUUUUCCGUCCGCUACUAAUUCGAAUAUCGCACAUACCAAUACUGGAGCGGAUCUUGGUCUGGAUAUAGGUCCCGGGACCUUUGGGAACAAUGGAGCUGUCCGUCCAGAGGAUAAUAUGCACCCUCAGCCUCCGCAUACUGCUCCAGAUGUCCCUAAUGUCCAGAAGCUGGAUCACUUUCUUGGAACAGAUUUCGCGAAUUUUGCGAACGACGAACUCAUGCGCAUGGUUGACGAUUUCGAAAUGGUGCAACCGCUCGCUGAAACAUUGAAACCACAACAGGUCAAUAGCGAUAUUCCCCCAAAUGUCGGUGGAAACCGCAGAGAAACCGAAGCAGCCUUAAUCUUAACCAAACCACGAGAGAAGCGAAGAGAGAAGGACAGGGUUUCCCAUGAUCCCAACGUCCAACAGACAAACGCAGAAUCCUCAAGAGCAGCCACAAGUUCUGGGAAACGUUCAGGACCACACCAAUCGCAGAUCGGAGGCAAACAUUCGAAUCAGGAUGGGGAUCACAAGACGUCCGAACCCCUGGUGCCCCCGUGGACCGAGGACGGGACGGAAUCUGCGGAUAGUUUUUUAAGGAGAGUUUUCGCGCAUCUGAAUGACGAUCAUCAGUCACAGCAAGAACGAGAGGCUCAGCUAAGAGGAGUACAUAUGAGUGAUAUUCAGCCUCAAAUGGACGACGGAUACAACUAG